AUGGAUAACACCCCAUUUGAGCUGAGACCGCAAGGCCAGACAUAUCCUCUCACAUUAGGUGAGCGUCUUGCCCAUGCAGACAACUAUCGUAUCGACCAUGAAGCCUUAGAAAAGACCCUUGAAAGUAUUAGGAAGUUCUACGAGAGCCCUUUUGCAUCACCACACACCAGUGACCAUCAGGAUUGCGAGAGCUGUAUUGGAAAGGAUCGUCAAACCCGCAAAGCUUAUCAGGAUUGGUAUUUGUCAGAUGAUCCGGAUCGCUGGUACUCGAAGUUAUUCGACUAUAAAACCGAAUUACAGUCGAUGUUUGAACAACCGAAAGUCUACAGUCUUGACGAUAUCCACAAAAGAGUAGACCAGGAAUUUCGGGCACAUUUGAAGAGAGAUCUUUGUGCACACAAAUCAGACGAUACCGAAGAUGUUAUGGAGUUUAAGGCCCGUAUAUCUAUGGAACUGGAUGAAGGGAUGGAUGUCUCGAAAGUCCUCAAUGCUUACCUGACUGAGUACAUCAAGACAUGCCGAGAUCCGAAUCAGGUAGACUUCAUCCUUCACCUUCACAACACUACUAUCAAUAAACAACGCAUUCCACUUUACAUCACAUACUACUGCAGCCCUCUAGAAUCUGACUCCGCCAGCGUACGAAACUUCAAAAGUAAAUAUGCGCGUAUGUUUGAAAAUGAGAUUCCACACGAUGAAAUAGUUGCCGCCAUGAAAAAAGAGAAUGCUCGUACGAAAGAAUUCGAGAUAGCGCAGCUCCAGCAUCGUCUGAAUGAACUUAUUCUCGCUCAAUCUGCUCAUCUCAAGGCGAAAGCAAAGAAAGCCGAGAAAGAUUCCCUUAAAUACCAACACCAUCAGCAGGUUGCAAAAGAGAGCAAGGCCCUUUGCUCAUAUGAUGGUUGCGAUGAGGACGUGGACUUGACCAUACCCGAAGGUGCAAUACAAUGUGUUUUAUGCGAUUGGGUUGCGUCAAAGGUACCAGAAGAUAGGGAUCACAAAAGGUCCUAUUAUUGUUGUCCUAGUCAUGCGCUUCUGGACCAUGAGAUGCACGAUAAAGCCGAUCAUUACUGUCUGAGUGCCCAUUGGAAAGAUUGUUGUCUUUCGGAACUAGGUGCGGAUGGGGAUGAAACUUAUGAUGGAAUGGGUUUGUGCAAAGUCUGCAUGGCUAGUGGACAUAAGGCUUUUUUCUGCUCGGAGGAGUGCUACGAAAAGAACUAUAAUCAACAUGCUGCAGAGUGGCAUACGGAUGAAAAUGCACAAAAUUCUUUGGAAGCUUUCACGAUGCCAGACGAUUUCAUAAUUGAGGAUAUUGAUGAUCCUGGAAUAGAGAUUGGUGAAAUUGUGGAUACGGAGAUGAAGGGUGUAUGA